AAUAAACACCUCUUUAAAUGACGUGUUAUAUGCUAUAUAUAACACGUAUAUUGCACAUAUAUUUUAUUUAUUCAGUGCAAAUGUCCGAAAUUGAACGACAAGCACAUUUUUUUUGUUUCUUUUUUUUUUCCUUUUAGUUUUUGUUGCGAAAGCUAACAAAAACAUUUAGUUUUUAUAGACUUCUUCUGAGAUUCUCAUACCAAGGACACCUUUCCAGGAAGCUAUUUAGCCAGUGCAGUCUAGUCCAGCAUGUCAUAUUUACAAACCCUCAUAGCUCCUGGCGUUUCGAUGCUGAUAUGACAGAGUAAAAUGGAUGAUAAGGAUCGCAAGCAUUUCAAGCUAUUUGUCAAAUAAAAGCUUUAGAAACUAACAUAAGCCUCAGGAGAGAUUUAUUUUAAAGAUUAAAGAAAAAAAUGACAACAUUAUAGAGAUAUACUUUUGAAUCUGUAGUACAAUCCUAACAUAAUACUGAUGAAAAUCUAGGGAUAAUAAAACAUAGGAAUCCACUGGUUGAAUCUGUAACAAUUAGUUGUGUUCUAAACCCUUACAGAAAGUAGCGGACAGGAAGUAAUUCAAUGCAAAACCAGGGCCACGCAGAAGCGAACUGACAAGCUGGCGCUGCCUACCGCCCCAAAUGUGGAAGUACAUGUGUAUAUCACACAUAGAGCUGACACAGUCCUUACAGGACAAAUAUAAAUCGAUUUGAUUUUCAAUUUUAUUUCGGACUCUGUCUAGGCUAUUCUAAGACAAGAACACCUAUUCUGUUGGAGCUCUGGCUGUAUGUUUGGGUUUGGUGAUCUAUCCAACUCUGUUGAGGACAGUUUCCUUGUACGGUUGCCCUGUUCAUCUUCCCAUCAACCCAGACCAGUUUCCCUGUCUCUGAUACAGAAAAGCAUCCCCACAGUGUAAUAAUGCCACCACCAAAUUUUGAUAAUGGGGGAAGUGUACUCGGGGUCCUCUGUAGUAUUUUGCAGUUUUCUACCACACAGAGCUUUUAAUGUAUGCCAAUAAGCCUAUUUUGGUGUCAUCUGACCAAAACAGUCUUGAAUCAUUCUGGAAGGCACUACAACCCGAGUCAUGGCAUUUAGAAAGAAAAUAAAGAAAACACAGUGUUUUAGGGAGCUAGUAAGCCACAAUUUAUCUAAGCUGCAUAGCAGGCUGAGGCUUAUAACUGUCUGUAUGCAGUUCUUCUUCAAGAAUUGUAUUUUAUUUUCGAGCCUAUUAGAGUUCACCUUCAGGAAACUAGACUUCCUCUGAAAUAUGUUCACUUACUUUAAUAACUUGGAAUACAGGUUACUUUACGUCGCACUUUCAGUCACUGUUCAUGAGUUACUUUUGCUUUCCGAGCAGUAAUAAAGCUAAUCUUGUUGGUGAUUAGCUUUAUUACUAAUCACCAACAAGAUCCAAGUUUAAAUGGACACAGACAUAUGAACGGGAAGUGUAAAGAUCACACUCACGCAACCACCACACCUUGAUAGGAAUGACAUGAAUUAUGUAAUUGCAAAUGUCUGCUCUGAUUGUUGAUUUGUUUACUGGUUGCUGAGGUGGGGCUAAGCACUGGUUUCAAGGGAAGGAGAAAGAAAAAUGCAGGGAGUGGAAUCUCCAGCUGUGAUUGUGUGGAGCUCUCUGCCAUAGACAUUAUGUCUCUAGAGAUUUUAAAGCCACCUGUGAUCAUGACACUCACAUACUACAAAGCUAACAGGAACAGGAACUGAGAUUGCUUCGUCCUUGGAACCAAACAGGAACAGGAAUGCCAGCUUUUUGAAGUGAUAACUAUGGGGCAGUCAAAUAAGCAGUACUCCAAGUGGCGGUGGCUUUUGGCUCUUGUGGGACUAUUCAUGUACCUAGGGGACAUUUGCACAGAUACUGUACUGGUUUUUAGAUAUUUUCACGAAAAGCGCUAUGUUUGGAGUGGAUUGACUGCACUGUUUAUAAUCACUGCGUUGGCAGUAAACCAGAUCUUCAGCUACACCUGGUUUUUAGAAGAUAUGCAUAAAAAUGUCAUGGACAGCAAACCAAAGCGACGAUUUUUAGUCCUGCACAUAUUUGGGAUGGGAAUUUUCCUCAGGUCUUACCACCUGCUUGAACAAGGAUACAAAGAGAUUUGGGGACAAGAAACGUCACACAAUCAAAUGCCUCCGAACGGACACCUGAAGGAAGAUGAUGAGGAGGGGACCAGCACCUCGCACCACUAUAAACUGUUCAGCGAUGCUGCCGAUCUGAGCAUGUUGAAGCUUUUUGAGACUUUCCUGGAGAGCACGCCUCAGCUUCUUUUACAGCUUUACAUACGUCAAAGCCAUGAUGAAUGGUCGGUCUUACAGUAUAUGUCUAUGGUCUUCUCUUUCUUCAAUCUGGCAUGGUCUUUGGUGGACUAUCGGAUCUGGCUGCGCAAAUCUCUUCCCCAGAGCCGAGAAUUGCCCCCAGGCCUCCCCACAGUGGUCUACCUGCUCUACAAACUCUUCACCAUCACUAGUCUCAUUCUCAGCUACAGCCUCCUCCUCAUCCUCAGCAUCUACAGCACAGUAGGCUUUACUUCCCUUUGGCUGCUGGGAACAAUACGGGCCCACCUGCUUCAAACCGACUUCUGCAAUACAGGUGUCCUUGAAUUGCUGUACCGUGGCGUCAUUGGCUCCAUUCUGGUUUUUACCUUUUUUAACGUUAAAGGACAAAACACCAAAUGGGAAAUGACCAUCUAUUACUUUUUUUGGACUGUUAUAAAUUUCUCAACUCCUUUAUUGUUGUUUUUUUUAAAGCCAGAGUUGAAGACAAUUACAUUUUUCUGGGUGGUUAGUGGUGUAAUUUAUGGCGGUUCAUUGCUGGGCCUGAUUUCGCUGGUGUCAUAUUAUUGCUUCCUGCACCCUAAACAGUGUGAGUUAGAUCAGGUGGAUGGACAGGAAAUGGAGGAGACACCUUUCACAAAGAGGACAAGGACAUUCAUAAAACCUUGACUGAGGUUUUUCCCACCAUAUCAUAAAGAAGGGCACUCCACAUCAUAAUGCAGCCACCAUCAUGUAUUAUUGUUACAACAUUUCAUGUUUUAGUUGUGUUCAGACUUGUGGCUCAUGAAUGUUAGAUUAGUGUGAAAAGGUGUGAAAGAAAAAAGCAGGCACAAGGCAGUGUAGAGUACAGGUGAAAGUCCUUGAGGUUUGAGGAUUUUAGGUUUGAAUUGGGGAGUUUACACAUCAGCACACAACUUGAUUUCCACCGAAAGAAGUCUGCAGAAAUGUUGUCAAUUUUCAGUUGCUUAGAGAUGUAUCCGGCAUUCUAUGCAGGGAUUUAAAAGCUCUCUUCCUGAAAUUCACCACAGUGGAAAAUGACCACUCGUGAACACCACCCAUCAUGCCACUCAAACUCAAUCUACAGACAGUUUCCCCAUAACAUAUUCUUUGGUCCUUCGAAGUUAUUUCAAGUUAGUGCUAACUUGGGGGUGGACUGAAGGUGUUUUAAGAUACCAAUAUACAGCAGAACCCUGGUAUUUGCAAAGUUACAGUGAUGCUUUCAGAGAUUCACAUUAAGAGUGCAGGCUGAACAAGUGAUGUGGCUUUUAUACUUGAUGUGUACUUUGCUGCAGUAUUCUCUGAAAAUAAUCUCUCAUAGAGGGUUUACAUAGAUGCCAGUGCAGGUGAACCUAAUCUGUAAGAUCACCCUCCAAAUUGUACAGUUUGAGUGAAAGGUGCUGCUCGCAAUCGGUGCUGAGGUACAAAAAAUCAUAUGUGCAAAACCUGGGAUCACGACAACACUUAAGGCCAACUUGAUUAUUAACUCAGCUUUGGGAACCAGCAGUCCAUGAAUAACUAAAAUCCAUGAAUACUUGAGACCCUCUCAGAACAAGCUUAUAAUUGAAAUUUUUAAUGUACCUUAAUAUGCAUCAAUAUGCAUAGUGGGAACUGUCUCAGUACUACUGUAUGAGCAAGCAUCAUCGCACAUGUGUCAAACUCCAGUCCUCAAGGGCCGGUGUCCUGGAGUUUUUAAAAUGUGCCACAGGUACAAAAUACUGGAAUGAAAUGGCUUAAUUACCUCCUCCUUGUGUUGAUCAGUUCUUUAGAGCCUUGCUAAUGACCUAAUUAUUCUAGGUGUGGUGUAGCAGAGGCACGUCUAAAAGUUGCAGGACUCCAGCCCUUGAGGUCUGGACUUUGACACCCUUGAUCCAUGGUCUUUCCUGUUUUCGCUCCUGGGCAUACAGCCAAUCAGCACCAAAGAACAUAAACUGUGCUCCUGGUUUGGUUGCUUUGUAAACACCAGCCAAUAGUGUGCCAACUAGCAUUGCAUCUAGGUAUUUCAGCUUUCAAUCGUCAUUUUCAUUUAAAAUUUUUUAGAUUUGCUCAAUGAAAAUAUUAGCAAAUAAGGAGGUUUUACACAAACAAGCGAAUGAAUUAUGUUACACCUUAUUUUUAUUUACCUUUAUUUAUUUACCUUAUUUACAGGACUGUGUUAUCAAAGGUUUGUUCUCUCAAAUAGCAACAGCAGGGCUGGGAUACUACUUGGGGGUAUUUAUGUUCUUUUCUGAACUGCUAUAUUAUCAACACAAGAUGGCGCCAUUAUCACAAUGGAUUUUUCGAAUAUGCAACCAUAUUGAAUCCAGUUAUUCCAGUUUCUUUCUGACUUUUAGUUACCAGCUGUACCUAUUAUGCCUAUUAGAGUGCAACAUUGCUCACUGCUUUUGAUUUAUGGUGUUAUUUCCUGUUUUGUACUAUGUUUUUUUGUACCACAUAUUAGAAUAAAGUUGAUUGAUAGUCAUUCAUUCUGAAACAAAAUGUUUGGCAUAUUUAGAUUUUGACCACACUCAUCUCAUUGACCUUCAGUUAAUCUUUAAAUAUCCACUAAACUUCUGCAAUUUUUAUCUUUGCAAUGAAAGGAUGGAAAUUUCUCUCCAUCUUUCUGAGGAUUUUGGAGACUGUGUGGUCACGGAUGAACAAUGAAGAAAUAAUGAACCAGCACUAAUUUUGUUUUGACUACUAGCAAAAUAUUGUCUUGCUAGAAAAUUAAAGGUGUGAUUUUUUUAUUUUAUUUAUUUUUUGUC